UUUGCAAACAUGUCGCUCCUGCUCGUCUCUCCAACUGUGUUGUCACUGAGUGCUUUCUUCUUGACUCUACUCUAUCUUGUCUAUCGCGCCGCCCUGCCCCGUCCCAUCCCUGGAAUCCCAUAUAACAAGAACGCCAUAACAUCUAUUCUGGGUGACGUGCCCGAGUGGUUCAAGUACAUCAAACAAAAUAAUGGUCAGGCUCUGAACUGGUGGCAACGACAAAUCGAAAAGCAUGAAUCUCCUAUCAUUCAGCUAUUCUUGAAGCCCUUUGGUCGCCCUAUCGUCGUUGUGGCCGACUUUCGUGAAGCCCAAGACAUCCUUCUUCGCAGACCUAGAGAGUUUGAUCGCAGCCAGAUCUUUGACGACAUCUUCAGCGGCGUCAUGCCUCAGCACCACAUCAUCAUGAAGACGACCGAUAGAGUUGCUGCUCCUCGAAUUCAUGAAGCCAUGAUAGAUCUCGUGCGCCUCUGGAACUUGAAAGCAGAUCUUGCAGAGGGCCAUCCUUUCGAGGCCCACGAAGACAUAGCACACACCACGCUCGAUGCAAUCUGGAUUGUUACCUUGGGCUCCUCAGCACAUACUAUCGGAAGUCAGGCGAACAUGUUAGAGACCAUACCGGCCAUCAAGCUUCCAGCUGGCAAGGACACUCCAGCCGUAUUCCCCAGAGCUCCUCAUCCACCGGCCUUCGAUGCUGUUCUGACCAUGACGGAAUCGAUGACUCCGAUGAUAGCCUCGCCAUUUCCCAAGCUUCACCAUUGGAUCUUGCGACAAAGCAAGUCGUACAAGGACGCCAAACGAUAUAAAGACCAGGAGAUAGAUGCCAUGAUGAAGGCAGCGAUUGACAAGUUCUCUGAGGAUCAGGUCGAUGCUCUGGAGAAGCAAGGUAAAGAUCGAUCGGCCAUCGAUCUCAUGAUUCGACGCGAGCUCCUAGCAUCCCGGAAGGAAGGCAGAAGUCCCCAAGAUGAGCUCUUUGGCUUCCUUAUCGCUGGCCACGAAACAACUGCUACAACAUUCGCUUGNGGGGUGAAGCUGCUGAGUGACAAUGCACAAGCACAACUCAAGCUGCGUCAAGUACUACGCUCAACUUACAUCGAUGCCACCUUGGAGAAGAGACAACCUACUGCCAAAGAGGUCGCCACUUUGCACCAUCCUUAUAUCGACGGUGUGUUAGAAGAGAUCUUGCGUUUGGGUGAUACAGCGGCAGUCCAUAGUAGACUCGCCAUGGUCGAUACUGAGGUAUUUGGUAUACGUAUUCCCAAGGGUACUGAUGUGAACUUCUUGACAUACGCCGGCUAUAUUGCGCCAUCGGUCGGUACCGUAGAGGAGCACAAGCGCAGCACCAGCAGCCAGGCAUCGAAAGACAAGACUGGCGUCUGGGAAGAGUCUGAUAUAAGCGAUUUUAAGCCAGAGCGCUGGUUGAAAACAAUGAGUGAAGAAGGAGAAGUCGAGUUUCAGAAAAAUGCUGGUCCAACACUUCAAUUUGGCGCAGGAGUGCGCGGUUGCUUUGGUACGUAUUGUCGCCUCACGAAGAAGGCAAAUUUUCUAACCAUUGCGCANGGACGCCGACUGGCAUACAUCGAGCUUCGCAUGCUUGUUGUUUUCAUCGUUUGGAACUUCGAGCUUCAGCCAGUUCCUGCGGAGCUCGGUACUUACCUCGCAAUCGAUAAGAUCACUCAUCAGCCCCAGAAGUGCUAUCUUCGUCUCAAGAAAGCAGACUGGUGA